GAUGUCUAGCGGUUAAUGACACGAGGGGAAGACUGUUGAUGUGCGCAACCGCAGCACGUGCGCAACGCCUGCUUGCAUUUUAGUCCGACUGCUCGCAUUAUCUCUCAAAAAACCAACACCAUGGGUUCGAUAGGAGCACCAACGUGUGUGCAGAACGGCUCCAACUCCCAACCGUGCGAAGGCGACCAGCACCUCCCCGCCGGCGAACUAGUCCCCUUGCCAGCCUAUGAUCAUCCCGGAAUGAUACCGGAAACUGACGCGUCGAAGAAGAGGAAGGCGUGUGUGCUGCCUCUAGAGGUGGGUACACGAGUCAUGUGCCGUUGGAGGGACGGAAAAUUUCACCCGGUCAAGGUCAUCGAGAGGCGGAGAUUGCAGACCGGUGGGCCCAAUGACUACGAGUACUACAUUCAUUACACGGAAUUCAAUAGAAGGCUUGAUGAGUGGGUUAAGCUUGAACAGCUUGAUCUUAAUUCGGUGGAGACUGUCAUUGAUGAAAAGGUGGAAGACAAGGUAACUGGCUUGAAAAUGACACGGCACCAAAAGCGUAAGAUUGAUGAGACACAUGUAGAGGGCCAUGAGGAACUUGAUGCAGCCAGUUUGCGCGAACAUGAAGAAUUUACAAAAGUGAAAAAUAUAGCAACAAUUGAGCUUGGAAGAUAUGAGAUUGAGACAUGGUACUUCUCCCCCUUUCCACCAGAAUACAAUGACUCUGUUAAGCUGUACUUUUGCGAGUUUUGUCUCAAUUUCAUGAAGCGCAAAGAACAGCUUCAGAGGCAUAUGAGGAAAUGUGAUCUCAAGCAUCCCCCUGGUGAUGAGAUAUAUCGAAGUGGAACAUUAUCAAUGUUUGAGGUCGAUGGCAAGAAGAACAAGGUUUAUGGACAGAAUCUUUGUUAUUUGGCGAAAUUGUUUCUUGAUCACAAGACCCUUUAUUAUGAUGUUGACCUCUUUUUAUUUUAUGUGUUGUGUGAAUGUGAUGACCGAGGAUGCCACAUGGUUGGAUAUUUUUCGAAGGAAAAGCAUUCUGAAGAAUCCUAUAAUUUAGCCUGUAUUCUUACCCUUCCUCCUUACCAAAGAAAAGGCUAUGGGAAAUUCCUAAUUGCAUUCUCAUAUGAGCUUUCCAAGAAGGAAGGCAAAGUCGGCACACCUGAAAGACCCCUUUCUGACCUAGGCCUGUUGAGCUACAGGGGGUAUUGGACCCGGGUUCUUUUAGAUAUCUUGAAGAAGCACAAGGGCAAUAUUUCUAUCAAGGAGCUUAGUGAUAUGACAGCCAUUAGGGCAGAGGAUAUCUUGACUACCCUUCAGAGCCUAGAAUUGAUUCAGUACAGGAAAGGGCAGCAUGUCAUCUGUGCUGAUCCCAAGGUGUUGGAUCGCCAUCUGAAAGCGGCUGGCCGUGGGGGUCUUGAGGUUGAUGUUAGCAAAUUGAUCUGGACACCUUACAAAGAACAAGGUUGAUGCAGCAGGUUCGGCUAUGGGUUUUCACAUUGACAUCUUUCAGCCUUGCCCCCCAACUUUGCUUGUUCAAAUGUGAAAGUUAGAAUGUGAAAAAGGAGGACAAUAUUAGUUUUUAGGCAUUGGCUUACCAAGUGCUUAUUUUAACAUUGUCUAUAGAGUGUAGAUUUUUAAAAACUGAGAUAUAUGGAACGUCGUUUUCCAUGCCCCAA